AUGCCAGCAACUACCCUGGGCUACUUUAGAGACAACAACAACCUGGUCUACUUUAGAGCCAACAACAAGUCCAUAAUGCCAACAACAACCUGGUCUACUUUAGAGCCAACAACAAAGUCCAUAAUGCCAGCAACUACCCUGGUCUACUUUAGAGACAACAACAACCUGGCAGAGCAGGCCACCAACAUCACUGUCUCUGUCUCUGAAGCUGAACAGGCCGAGCAGGCCACCAACAUCACUGUCUCUGUCUCUGAGGCUGAACAGGCAGAGCAGGCCACCAACAUCUCUGUCUCUGUCUCUGAGGCUGAGCAGGCCACCAACAUCUCUGUCUCUGUCUCUGAGGCUGAGCAGGCCGAGCAGGCCACCAACAUCACUGUCUCUGUCUCUGAAGCUGAACAGGCCGAGCAGGCCACCAACAUCACUGUCUCUGUCUCUGAGGCUGAGCAGGCCGAGCAGGCCACCAACAUCUCUGUCUCUGUCUCUGAGGCUGAGCAGGCCGAGCAGGCCACCAACAUCACUGUCUCUGUCUCUGAAGCUGAACAGGCCGAGCAGGCCACCAACAUCACUGUCUCUGUCUCUGAGGCUGAGCAGGCAGAGCAGGCCACCAACAUCUCUGUCUCUGUCUCUGAAGCUGAACAGGCCGAGCAGGCCACCAACAUCUCUGUCUCUGUCUCUGAGGCUGAACAGGCAGAGCAGGCCACCAACAUCUCUGUCUCUGUCUCUGAGGCUGAGCAGGCCGAGCAGGCCACCAACAUCACUGUCUCUGUCUCUGUGGCUGAACAGGCCGUGCAGGCCACCAACAUCAAUGUCUCUGUCUCUGAGGCUGAACAGGCAGAACAGGCCACCAACAUCACUGUCUCUGUCUCUGUCUCUGAACAGGCCGUGCAGGCCACCAACAUCAAUGUCUCUGUCUCUGAACAGGCCGAGCAGGCCACCAACAUCUCUGUCUCUGUCUCUGAGGCUGAACAGGCAGAGCAGGCCACCAACAUCACUGUCUCUGUCUCUGAGGCUGAACAGGCAGAGCAGGCCACCAACAUCACUGUCUCUGUCUCUGUCUCUGUCUCUGAACAGGCAGAGCAGGCCACCAACAUCAAUGUAUCUGUCUCUGAACAGGCCGUGCAGGCCACCAACAUCACUGUCUCUGUCUCUGUCUCUGAACAGGCCGUGCAGGCCACCAACAUCACUGUCUCUGUCUCUGAGGCUGAACAGGCAGAGCAGGCCACCAACAUCAAUGUCUCUGUCUCUGAACAGGCAGAGCAGGCCACCAACAUCACUGUCUCUGUCUCUGAGGCUGAACAGGCCAUGCAGGCCACCAACAUCAAUGUCUCUGUCUCUGAACAGGCAGAGCAGGCCACCAACAUCACUGUCUCUGUCUCUGAGGCUGAACAGGCCGUGCAGGCCACCAACAUCACUGUCUCUGUCUCUGAGGCUGAACAGGCAGAACAGGCCACCAACAUCAAUGUCUCUGUCUCUGAGGCUGAACAGGCCGUGCAGGCCACCAACAUCAAUGUCUCUGUCUCUGAACAGGCCGUGCAGGCCACCAACAUCAAUGUCUCUGUCUCUGAACAGGCCGUGCAGGCCACCAACAUCACUGUCUCUGUCUCUGAGGCUGAACAGGCAGAGCAGGCCACCAACAUCCAUGUCUCUGUCUCUGAGGCUGAACAGGCAGAACAGGCCACCAACAUUACUGUCUCUGUCUCUGAGGCUGAACAGGCAGAGCAGGCCACAAACAUCAAUGCCGUGCAGGCCACCAACAUCACUGUCUCUGUCUCUGAGGCUGAACAGGCAGAGCAGGCCACCAACAUCAAUGUUGCACAUUCCAGAGAGCAGAAUGACAACAUGCAGUGA